GAAUAUCAAGUAUUGAAAGGGCUAUCACGUGGAGGUAUCAUGGUUUGGAUGAAAUUUAUUUUCUUAUUCGUUGAGGUGGUACGAUUCAAAUGUCCACAGAAGAUUAUUGAUUUUUAUGAAGAAUGGUUUGUCCUGACCGCUAAUUCAUGAUUAUUAUUUUUUUGUUUUAAUUUCCCUUACAAUUAUUACCUCUUUUUUUUCCCCCUUUCACUUUUUUUUUUAUGAUGAACAUUGAUGAACUAUUUAAUAUCCGAAAUAAAGUAUGCCUGAUCACUGGUGGUGGACGUGGUAUUGGAUUGAUGAUAGCAAAGGGAUUUGUUUCGGCUGGUGCAAAAGUGUAUAUUUCUAGUCGUAAUGGUGAUGUUUGUCAUCAGGUAGCCAAAGAACUAACAGAGCAAGGUCCAGGACAAUGUUUUGCUAUUGCGGCAGAUUUACAGAAAUUGGAAGAUAUUCAACAUCUAGUAGUCGAACUUGGCAAACGUGAACAUCAUUUGGAUGUUUUGAUCAACAAUUCUGGAGCUAAUUGGGCAGCACCUAUUGCAGAUUAUCCUGAUGCUGGCUUCCAAAAGGUUGUCAACUUGAACUUGACUCGUGUGUUCAGUUUAACUCAAGCAUGUCUUCCACUUUUACGUGCCAAUCCUACUCUUGAAAAUCCAGCACGGAUCAUCAACAUUGGCUCCAUUUCUGGAGAAACAGUACCGAAAUUGGAGAUGUAUGCUUAUAGUGCAAGUAAAGCAGCAGUACAUCAUUUGACACGACAUUUGGCGGCGCGAUUAGGAUCAGAAGGGAUUCUAGUCAACGCUGUUGCUCCAGGUUCUUUUCCUACCAAAAUGAUGGCAGAAACGUUGAAAAGAGAGGGUGAUCACAUUUUAAAAACGAUUCCGGUUGGUCGAUUUGGUCAAGAUGAAGAUUUGGUUGGUACGUGCAUUUAUUUGACUUCCAGGGCCGGUGCUUACACCACAGGUGCUGUCAUCGUUGUUGAUGGUGGUGCUCUUCAAUCAUCUAGAAUGUAGUUCUUUUUUUAUUAUUUUGAAAUAAACUAGUGGUGAUGAUUUUAGUUUAGUAGUUGUGUUUAUAGAG